UUUAUCCCCAGGGAGUCCCCCUUUUCACCCUCGACCUCUUCCCUCUUCUCUUCUCCUUGGGCCUUCCUUUCCCAACUACAAACCUUUCUUUAACAUCUUAUAUUUCCUUUUGCUUCGCUCUUUCUUGCAUCACACACUCUUUUGCCGUCUUGCUUUCAUUAUUACUCUCUUUUGAUAAUCUUAAUCUCAACGUAUACUAAUUUUAACUUCAUCUAGCUCCGGCCACCUAAAAGGCUUUCCACCCACUACCUGGCUAUCCUUUCCCUUUCCAGUGCCCGGACUAUCGCCAUCUUACUGGACCCUUUCUAAUAUCUCCAACUAAUUCCGUUCAUUAAUCUCCACACCUAAUUCGGCGACUGUCACUCUCUGAACUCCGUCGUUCCCUGAUAGACCCGAGUCUAAUCAGAUCCACACUCUUUACAACAAUAAUUCCUUCGGAUCGUUAUACUUCUCAGUCCGACAACAUGGCCUACCAAAAGCGUCCUGCCUCCAGCUAUCAGCCUUGUGAUACCUUCUUUGUGGAGUCGUAUGACGACUUCCCGGCUCCGCGGAUGGAACCCAAGGAGCACGCGAGACUGAUUGCCCGCGAGCGUCAGUAUGCCAUUGCGGAUGAGCUUUCCAGAAUUACUAGUGAAGAGUUCCGUGAUGACAUUCUGGCGCACAUGCUGGACAUGGAUACCGCCACCCUUCCUGACGUCGAAUCGAUCGACAUCCAGACCGAGAUUCAAUGGUUCAUGCGCCCCUAUCUCCUUGAUUUCCUGAUUGAAGCCCAUACCGCUUUCCAACUAUUGCCGUCUACUCUCUUCCUGACAAUUAACUUGCUCGACCGAUACUGUUCGAAACGUGUCGUUUACAAGAGACAUUACCAAUUGGUCGGGUGUGCGGCUCUGCUCAUCGCUGCCAAGUAUGGUGACAAGAAGGACCGUGUUCCUACCAUCAAGGAGCUCAAGUCGAUGUGCUGCUCCCUUUACGACGAUGACAUGUUCAUCCAGAUGGAGUGGCACGUGCUGCAGACUCUGGGCUGGACGAUUGGACACCCCACGGUGGACAACUUCCUGCAGAUGGCUGUUAUGGACUGCCCUUAUGAUGCGGAGGUUGAGCACCUGGCUCUGUAUAUUGCGGAAAUCUCGCUGUUCCACCGGGAGUUCGUUUCCAAGCCUUCAUCCGAUCUUGCUAGAGCCUCCUUGGCUCUUGCACGGUGCAUUCUGAACCGAACUCAGCCUCGUCACACUGAGUGGUCAUCUCAAUACGACUCCAUGACACUAGUAGGGUUGUCACAACAAUUACACCAGCCCUCCCAGGUGCUCUCCAGGAAGUAUUCAUCGGCCCACUACUCGCGGGUGUCGAAGGUCCUGGAGCAAUUCCUCGCCCGCCAGGCCUCCGUUGCGAGCUACACGCCCCCUAGCCCGCCGUCCGAUGUUGUUCCGGCCGAGUCUAAACCCUAUGAAGGGGAGAUUGGUCUUGCUACGCCCCAAAAAGCCCCGCAAUCCACUAUGGCUCACGGCUACAUCACACCGCCAAUUACUCCUGAAAAUGAAGUCUUCGCCAACGGUGGCAAUCCCACCUUUGCCAAAGGAGUAUCUGGCGCUAGCGCCUGUUCUCCGUCCCCCACGCCCCCUCCUAGUGCACCAUACACGGAUGCUCCUUCCUUCACGCAAGAGGCCACAUACCAGCAGCAAUAUCUUCAGCCUCAGAUGUCAUUCAGCACCGGAUACUGAAUUUCACUUAGCUGGAAUCUCUGUCGAUAGUAUAUCAUCUCCUCGCUCGAUGCCUAGAAUCGAUGUACCUUCCGCUUGUGCCAUAGUUGCCAACUGGCCAUC